AUGGAUAUACUUGAGUGGGAGGGCGAUUAUAGUCCUACUUCAAUGAAACUUAUUUUCUUUCUACGUGCAAAGUGGUUAAUUGUGAGAGGUUGUUUGGACUUCCUAGCACAUCUUCGGGACACGUUCGCAGAGGUCUCAUUUAUUGAGUUAGUUCUUGUGUUGUGUGAGUACCAAGAGGUUUUUCCUAUAGAUUUGUCGGGUAUGCCACCUGACCGUGACAUUGAUUUUUGUAUUGAUCUAGAGCUAGGUACACGUCCUAUUUCUAUUCCUCCCUAUAAGCUAGCUCCGGCUGGUUUAAGGAAGCUAAAUUCUCAGUUGCAGGAUUUGUUGAGUAAGGGUUUUAUCCGUUCGAGUGCCUCUCCUUGGGGUGCUCCUAUCUUGCUUGUGAAGAAGGAUGGUAGUCUUCGUAUGUGUACAGACUACAACCAAUUAAACAAAGUUACAAUUCAUAAUAAGUAUCCUUUGUCUCGUAUGGAUGAUUUAUUUAACCAGUUGCAGGUUGCAUUCGUAUUGUCUAAGAUUUAUUUGAGGUUCAGGCAUGUGUUUUCAAAGAAAGAGGUGAUAGUAGACCCGCAGAAGAUUGAAGCAAUUAAGAAUUGGGAUAGUCCUACUUUAGUGACAGAGGAAAAAAACAUGAUUGGUUAUGCUUUGAGAUAUUUGAAGCCCAAUGAGAAGAAUUAUCCCACUCAUAAUUUGGAGUUAGCUGCUGGGAGUUUCCAGCAGAUAAAGUACGAGCAUCAGAAGCCUGAUGGUACUCUUCAGAGAAUGCCCAUUCCUGAAUGGAAAUGGGAGAUGAUAGCUAUAGAUUUUGUUGUUAGUCUUCGCAAAAGUUUGGGAAAAUAUGAUUCUAUAUGGGUUAUUUUUGAUAGGUUGACUAAGUCUGCAGAUUUUAUUACAGUUCAGCUUGUGGGUCCGGUGGCCUAUAGAUUGGCAUUGCCUCCGAGUUUGUCGGGAGUUCACCCUGUGUUUCAUGUAUCUAUGUUAAAGAAGUUUCAUGGUUAUGGUAAUUACAUAAUUCAUUGGGAUUCGGUCUUGUUAGAUGAAAACCUCUCUUAUGAAGACUUGUUAGAUAAAAACCUCUCUUAUGAAGAGGAACCUAUUACUAUUCUUGAUAGAGACGUUCGUAAGUUGAGGACUAAGAAGAUUGCUUCUGUGAAGGUCCAGUGGAAGAAUCAUCCUAUUAAGGAGGCCACGUAG